UCUCUCUCUUCCCACAAUUAAAUUGAGCUUUAAAGAGAACCCAUCUCUCUCUUGACUCUUCCCUCUAUAUAAUUGUCGCCUCGCAGCUCCUGUUCACCCACACACCUUCCCACCGGCGGCGCUUCCCCCUGUUUGCUUUCCUACCGCCGGACUCCAUCUCCACCCCACUCUGCUUGCCAAAAAUUUUUCAACAUCAAAGGAAUGAAUAGCUGGAACGGGCCGAAGCUCGAGUUGAAGCUGAAUUUGUCGCCACCGAGGGCGGCCCGGCGAGUGGAAUCACCUAGCCGAUCGCCGGCGACGUCCCAGACGAGUUCGUGCUUGUCGUCGGAGCUGAACCAGGAUGAGAGCCUUCGAUACUGCGAAAGCCCAGAAGUCACUUCGAUGAUGCUGGCGGGCUGCCCUAGGUGCCUCAUGUACGUUAUGCUGGCCGAGGAGGAUCCCAGAUGCCCCAAAUGCAAGAGCACCGUUCUGCUCGAUAUCGUCCGCCACAACGCCGCCUCCGGUGGCCGCAAGAAGAGUAGACAAAGCUAGCUAGAUUUGCCCGACUCUUUUGAAGAAGCUUUCUCCUAAUUCUAGCGUUAGUAGGAGACGGAAUUACCCUACUUUAUAUUUAAAUGUAAUAUAUAAAAUAAAGGUAGCAAAUUAGAAUAUUCUCUCUUCCUUUUAUUAUUAUUAUUAUUAUCUGUGGAAUUUAGGCAACUUCUCGUUUACCUCUUCCUUUUCAUUUUUUUCUUUUCAAGGGCCCUACUACAGUAGUGGUGGGUUUAAUAGCUAACUCCAAAUGUCCCAAAUUUUGUUAUAAAAAUGUUGGGUAAUAU